GAUUCAUACCACUGAGGCUGUUAUUGGUGUUUUGGACUUAAUUGGCUGGGCUAGGCAGAUCGCAGGACCGGUUAGCACUCUAGGCUGCUCGUACGGGUUUCGUGUCACUGUUCAACCGAUAAUUCGCCCAUCCACCCAUCCACUCGUCCACAAGAUAUAACAAUUAGCGACGGGGACAAAAUAAGGUCAGUUUGUAAUUGUUCGAAAAUCAGGCAAUCAUUUGGUGCAAUCAGCAUCCAACAUUCUCUUUGGUGUCCGUGAAUGCCAUUUUGUCAUUAUUCAUACAGUGAAAAAUGACGCUCCCUUCCGACCGAUUACAGUUGCUAUUUGACCGACAUUUGGAGUUCAUGGUCAAACUACGCACACAGCUUCUGGACCACCAAUUCUUUGCAUAUGCGUCGGAAGUGGAUGUAUUAAUCACAGAAUUUCACGCAAAGCCUGAAAAUGAUCGCAGCCUCCAUGAAUCCUCGACCAACCGCAACUCAAACGAAACAGCAGUCUCGCAGAAGACGCCCGGUUAUCCAUCACUACCCAUUUCAGAAACGUGCCCGGUAGUGGAUUCAAACCCCACUAUCCCUGAAUUAGCAGGUCCGAACAGUGACGCUUUGAGCUCUCAUCAACUUGAUGCCAUGUCAAAUGCCCAUGAAAUGGUCGUACUAACCGCCCAAAAAGUACCAGACAUAAUAUCGAGCAGUACACGGAGCGAAUCGCAUUCUGCAAUAGAAAUUUUUACCGAAUCUAAUGAUAAAGAUUCCCAAGCUUGUCCAGAAAAUUUGUUACAUGCAUCAAAUCUGGAACCUAGCGCAGUUUUGGUGGACGCUGUUUAUCAUAGUGAUCCACAACCUGCCAGUGAUGUUUGCAAUAAGUCUAAUGACUACAUUUCUGCAGAAUCAAAUUCUGACCUCACAUCAAAUGUCGAUCCUCACCAUCCGGUCAAUCUUAGCAGGUUCCCUAUUGAAUGCCAGAAACAUGUUAUAAAUAGAAUCGCAUUAAUAGAAACUUGGGUAUAUGAGGAUCCAUCACUAUUUCGUGGGGGAGGAGGAGCUCGGAUUUCUCAAAAAGGGGAGGUGUUAUAUCCCCUGGUGAAUUAUGAAUGGUAACUCUAAGGUCUAUUUAUCGACAAAUGUAUUAUGCCUAUUUCCUAUUGUACAAUUAUUACGUAACUAAACUAUUCAUAUUUGUGUUUCUCUUAUCAUGAGCUUUAUUUUGAUCUUUGAUUUAUUAUCAUACGUUUCUUGAGUUAUACUCAGUUAUUGAUUACUUUGGUUUGUAUAAAAACCCAUUAUGUUUGUAAAUAAUGAUUCAUACCACUGAG